CCCAACUAUUAUUUUUGUGAUUUUGUCUUUCCAUAUUUUCCUUCAUCUGCAUCCGCAUCUGUAUCUGUUUCUGUAUCUGCAUCUCCAUCUCCUCCUCAUUCAGAAGAUAUAUACACUCAUUCUUUUUCAUUCCUUCGCUCACUUUCAUCUCUCUUUUUCCUUCACUUCUCUCUCGCUUCUUCAUCAUCAUCAUCAUGGAAGAAGCUAAUGUGGUGGAGACAAAGGAGGGAACUAUUUCUGUGGCUUCUGCAUUUGCUGGACAUCAGGAAGCUGUUCAGGACAGAGAUCACAAAUUCUUAACCAAAGCUGUUGAAGAAGCGUAUAAAGGGGUUGAAUGUGGACAUGGUGGUCCUUUUGGUGCUGUUGUUGUACGUAAUGAUGAAGUUGUUGUGAGUUGUCACAACAUGGUUUUGAAGAACACAGAUCCUACUGCUCAUGCGGAGGUCACUGCAGUGAGAGAGGCAUGUAAGAAGCUCAAUAAGAUUGAGCUCUCAGACUGUGAGAUAUAUGCCUCCUGUGAGCCUUGCCCUAUGUGCUUUGGUGCAAUCCACCUUUCGCGAAUUAAGAGGCUGGUUUAUGGAGCCAAGGCUGAAGCGGCCAUCGCUAUUGGGUUUGAUGAUUUUAUUGCAGAUGCAUUAAGGGGAACUGGCUUCUAUCAAAAGUCUCAAUUGGAGAUCAAAAGAGCAGAUGGCAAUGGGGCUGCCAUAGCAGAACAGGUGUUUGAGAAGACAAAGGAAAAAUUCAGGAUGUAUUGAUUUCUUCUGUUGGCCUUUGAUUGGUUGUAAUUAGCAAUUGAUCCAUGCGGUACAUUGGCAUAAUUUUAAAGGCAAUCGUUUAAUAAUUGAUAAACUAUAUUAAGUUUGAAAUGUUGAUAUC